CGGCUCCUAUUCAAAAGUUUUUUCCACUGAACGUCCCAUUUUCGGGGGCGGCCGGUCAACGUCAACUUUCAACAACGACGACGGUUCGCCCCACGACAUUUGAAGAAGACUUUUCGUUUCAGAUUCUAGGCCCGACUCGCGCCGAGGGGAUUCAGCGCCUAACGGUGAUCUCGACUUUCACACGAGCGGUAUAGAGCUGUCUAUAUGCAUAUACAUACUUGAGUCCCAUAAACGCCGUCGUAAAUUUGGCACCACCCAUCGCUCUCACGUUUCUGCUUCCAAGCGUACUAACGGCCCGCUACAAGGACAUCUCACCUCUUUCACCACGCACAAGUCAAAAUCGCAAGAUGCUGUCAUCCCUUGAACCCCUGGAGGAGAGAUUCAGACAGGUAGAAGAAGAGAGUGAGCGGAGGGCCAUGCAAGAGCAAGAGCAGUCGGCGAAUGAGCUAGUCGACCCCGAUCAAGCUAGGCGGCGACAUCGGCGGAAGAAGAGUUCUGUGUCAGUUUCUCGAUUCGGCCAGCCUUCAUAUGUCAAUGGCUCAAGUAGUUCUACUUCACCCACACCUUCACUACUUGCUGCUGUUGCCCACAAGUCAACAUUCUAUCAUUCAUUAGUAAACCCCAGAAGCAUGGACUCAUUCAUUUCCGAAGGCUCAGAAAACGAAUCUCACCAUUUAGAGGACGACCAGCAGGUGACACAAGUCCAACGAAUACAUGGCCGUCAGCCUUUUCAGAAGGCGGUUGGAGCUAUACUACCCCGACGCAUGUCUCGGUCGCACUCACAAAACGUACUCUCGACGAACACACGCUUGGUCGUAGACGUCUCUGUCGAAAAGGCAACGGUAGAUGCUGCGCAUGCGCACUCUGAGGACAAUCACACCACCACCAUUCACGCGACCAAAGGAGCAGAGCUACGCCCUAGUACGUCCCGGACUAUUAGUGCACUGAGCGCCAAGCCACCGACAAACGGACUAGUCGACCGGGCGAAAUCGUUCGCUCGGAAAUUCGGGCGUAAGAGAAAGCCCGUUUCUGGGUGAGACGAAGCGGGUGUUAUGCGCCUAGCGUUUGAGCUGCCAAGGAGACUCUGGAAUGAAAUGGACCUGUAUUGAUGUUCCGAGCAGUUGCUAGGCUUCAUCGAGGGCGUUGAUAACCUUGAAGCGCUCAUCCAGCAGAUUUGCAUCAGAUUUUCUUUCAUGUACAUCCGCAUUAUCGAUGGCAUGAUAUGACUCAUGACUCAUG